AGAAGAGAAAUUAACACUGUUUGUUUGAUUUCCAGCCCUGUGAAGGUAACUUUGAUAGGAGCAGUUCUUUUCACCCUGCAACACAGCCAGUACUUGCCAAUAGCAAGACACAACCUCAUGUUUUUAUACACCGUCUUUCUUGUCGUCUCCAAGGUAACAAUGAUGUUGACAAGAUCUGCAACUUCUCCAUUUGCUCCCUUGGAGACUGCAUUAGGCCAUAUGUUCUUUGGCUUGGAAAAGACACCAUCCAAAGUGAAGGGUGAAAGUGCCGCGUCUUCCAAUGGCUCUUCAGUCUGUGACCGGUCUUCUUCUGAACAGCAUCGUGAUGGUGUUAAGAAAAGACAGGCAAAGAAAACAGAAAAAGUGGCUUAA